AUGUCUCAUUUACUUAUUCUCAUUCUUUCCCUUACCCAUUCUCAUUAUUCUUCCUGCAUAUUCAUUUUUGGUCAUUUUCUUUUCGAUUAUCUUUUUCACUUGCUUUCUUCUUUUAUUUUGCGCUCUCAUUGUCAUACUUUCUCUCGUUUUUUUGUUUCAUCUUUCUUUCUUUUUCUCUUUCCAAUUAUCAUUUGCUUUCUUUCUUUUCUCUUUCCAAUUAUCAUUUGCUUUCUUUCUUAUUCUCUUUCCAAUUAUCAUUUGCUUUCUUUCUUUUCUCUUUCCAAUUAUCAUUUGCUUUCUUUCCUUUCUCUAGUUACGUUUCUUCUACUUUUUUUACUUUUCUAUCAUCAUUCUGACUUCUUUUUAUUACGCAUUCCUUUUUUUCAUUUUCCUUCCUUUUUUAUAUUUUCCUUUUUCUCUUUUCUUUUCUCUCUUUUACUUUCUAUAUAUAUUUUUGUUAUUCUUUUCAUUCUCUUUCUUGUGUUUUCAUUUUCUGUCUCAUUAUUUUCUUUCGUUUUCUGUUUCUUUCUUUAUCUCACCUCUUUUUCUCUUCUCCCUUGUACCUUUCUAUCUUUCGCUCCCGCCUUUGCCUUUGUUCUCCUCUCCCGUACUCAUCUUCUUCUUUCUGUUUAUUUUACAUUCUUUUCUUUCAUCUUUUUCCAGUAUUUUUCUCUUUUAUUUAAACAUCGCUUUACUUCUCUUCUUUCUCGCUUUCUUUCUUUCUUGCUUUCUAUCAUUCUACGAUUCUCUUCUAUUUGUUGUUUCUUGCUUAAUUGUCUCUUUCUUUAUUUCUUGCUGGCUUGCUUUUUCCUUUCUUUUAUAUUUUACGUUUUCUUUCGUGUUUUUUUUCUUUCUUCCUAG